AUGGGUAGCGCACAGCUCGAUGUCGAGCUCAAGGACUUCGGCAGCAUUUUCAGCCUCGAAGGCAAGGUUGCUGUCGUGACUGGCGGCUCCAGGGGCCUUGGUCUCAAUGCCGCUUCUGGGCUCAUGCAAGCCGGCUGCUCAAAAGUGUACAUUACCUCGCGCAAAGCCAAGGCAUGCGAAGAAGCUGUAGCAGCCCUCAAUGCCCUUCCCAACAAGCGACCCGGUGCCGUUGCCAUCUCCGUGCCCGCCGAUUCCUCCAAGGUCUCUGAGAUCGAACGUCUAGCUGCGGAAGUCGCAAAGACCACCGAUCACGUUGAUAUCCUGUUUGCCAACGCUGGCGCCACGUGGGGAGCUCCCUUCGAGUCAUACCCUGAGGAUGCGUUCAGCAAAGUCAUGGACCUGAACGUCAAGAGUGUGUUCUAUACUGUCCAGAAGUUUGCCCCUUUGCUGCAAAAGCGAGCUACCAUCGACAGCCCCAGCAGGGUCAUUAUAACUGCGAGUGUUGCUGGUCUAGGUGUAGGCACGCUGGGUGAGAAUGCUACAUACGCAUACAGUGCGUCGAAGGCGGCGGCCCAGCAUCUUGCCAAGAACCUAGCUGUCGAACUCGGCUCCCGAGGAAUUCUCACCAACGCCAUUGCACCAGGCUUUUAUCCGACCAAGAUGGCGUCUGGAUUGAUCGAUUUGCAGGGUGGAACGGCCGCGUUGGCUGCCGAAGUCCCCAACAGGAGGUUGGGCCAUCCUGAGGAUAUUGCCGGCUUGGUGGUCUUUCUGAGCAGCCGGGCUUCUUCGCACAUCAAUGGCGCCGUUAUCACAACAGAUGGUGGGUCGCUGCUCUCAAGAGGAAAGCUAUAG